GAUGUGCGUGCCUGCCCGCCCUUCAGUCUCCUGGACUCGUACAACUCGAAUUUCCAGAUGGUCUCGACGUUUCCCUUCCCCAGGCUGGCCUGUAUGCUCCUGGAUUUUAGAAGUCGGUGUGUCUGGAGUUUUUUUACUGGGCACAGCACUUAUAUUGGUUUUAUUCCUCGUCGUCUACCUAACCGCACUUUCACCCUCAUUGCUGAAGCUGAUUGUACCACAUGUACCACUUCACAUAAACAACAUCAGAGUAAACUGGACACAUUCUGCAUAUAUUCAGUCAAUUACAAACCAAAACUACCUCUGCAAUUCAGUCAUGAUUAUGGAGGCGUUGCAUCGCGCGGGUGCGAAGGCAGACCGCAUUAUGAUGUAUCCAGACCACUGGCACAUACCCAAAGCUAGCGACUCACGCGCAGUCGAAGAAACCCAGGAUUUACAAAGAACAGAGUGGAUGUUGCGUGCGAGAGACGAAUAUAAAGCGAAGCUCGUGCCCAUCAGAGUACUGUCGGGUACCCAGGGUGAUCCGACAUGGCGAGACAGUUUCACCAAACUCAUAGCAUUCAACCAAACCCAGUACAAGAGACUAUUAUCACUGGAUUCCGAUGCUACAGUAAUGACUCACAUGGACGAGUUAUUCCUGACGCCAUCAUCCCCCGUAGCAAUGCCGCGCGCAUACUGGCUCGAUCAGUCCUUCCUAUCCAGCCAAGUUGUUCUUCUCACGCCCUCGCAAUUCGAUUUCCAGCGCGUCCAGGCGCUCACGCACCAAUCAGAUUCUGGAUUCGACAUGGAUAUCCUCAAUACACUUUACAAGGAUUCAUGCAUUGUGCUUCCUCAUCGCCCCUAUAACGCUCUCAGUGCCGAGUUUCGAUUCGUGAAUCAUACCAGAUAUCUGGGAUCUGAGGAUGAGGUGUGGAAUGUAACGAACGCGCUCGCGGAAGCCAAAUACACACAUUCUUCAGAUUGUCCGAAGCGGAAACCAUGGUUGAGGGCGAGUGAAGGAGAAGUGAGGUCGACGCAGCCGGACUGCGGGGGAAAUGAAGCAUGUGAAGAGCGAAAAAUCUGGUUGGAGUUAUAUCUAGACUUUUCGAGGAGGAGAGAGAGGAUUUGUGGACAGAAGUAUGAUUGA